AUGAGUGCAACUGCUCGAAAUGACACUGUUCAAUUACUCAAUAUCGCCGAAUAUCUUUUUGGAUACGUUGGUUUAACUAUAUUUGUACUUGGUACUUUUGGAAAUCUCACUAAUGUUGUCUUAUUUACUCGUCUGGAAAGUUUAAAAACGUUAGCUAGUUCAUUAUUUCUACUUGCUUCAUUCCUUGGUAGUCAAGUCGUUCUAACGACCGGUCUUCUUACUCGUGUUGUUCGCGGCUUUUCAGGUGUCGAUCCGGUCUAUACUUCUGUUGUUCUAUGUAAAAUUCGGUGGAUGGUUCGAACUGUUGGUGGUGCAGUUUCAUUAACAUGCGUAUGUUUAGCAGCCGCCGAUCGAUAUUUCCUCUCUUGUCAUAAUGUAAAUCGUCAUAGAUGGAUAACAAUGAAACGGGCGCGUUGGGCUAUACUAAUCUCGAUCUGUUUUUGGUCAGGUGUAUUUUCAACCUAUGCAAUCUACUAUACAUCACCUACACCAAUGUCUUGUACAAUUGUUGAUCCAUUUUUUUCUCACUUCGCACCGUAUUUCAAUCUAUUUCAUUAUAGUAUCUUACCAUUGAGUGUCUUAUCGGUUUUCUGUUUUUUAACAUGGCAAAAUUUAGGACAACAACUAGCGACGUACCUACGUGGUGGUGUUCGUUUGUACGAUCAGGUUACUCGAAUGUUAAUCGCACAAAGUAUUGGGAUACUUCUCACAUCAAUUCCGAAUAUGGUUUGGCAGAUUUAUACUGUAUCAAGUAGUUCGAUACCGAAAAGUGCCCUACGUAGUGCACAGGAGAAUUUAGUAAACACAAUUUGUGUCUUGGUUGGUUUCAGCACUCAUGCGAUAACGUUUUAUGUAUAUUUAUUGGCUUCGUCGACAUUUCGGAGAAAUAUCAAACAGAUAUUCACUCGAAACCCGAUUCAGAUUGCACCGAUUGCAAAUGGUGAGUUGGGGAAGAUACAAAACAAAGACAAAAACAUAAAAGUAACCCCAUAUACUCCUUAA